AUGAUAAAGAACGUGGCUGCUAAAGCUUUUAUAGGCAAAAGAUCUUCUUUAGGCCACAGCGAAGUUCUUAGAGAUAUCGGAAUGAAGGAGCACGUCCACAAACUUUUAGACAGGUCUUCAGCUUUUACUAGAAUCCCUGGCUCCUUUGUGGAAGGUCUCAAGAAGUGUUCACACAUUUUAGAAAUGCAAAUUCCAAUCAAGCGUGACGACGGCUCUAUUGAUAUUUUUGAAGGAUUCAGGGCUCAUCAUUCCAUUCAUGCACUUCCCCUUAAAGGAGGAAUCAGGUUUAGUCCAGGUCUGAAGCUACAAGAUGUAGAAGCUGUUGCAGCUCUUAUGACAUUGAAGAUGGCUGUUGUAGACAUCCCUUAUGGAGGAGCCCAUGGAGGAGUUUCUGUUGAUCCAUCAAAACUUAGUAAAACAGAACUUGAACAGCUGACUCGCCAAUAUGCAAGAGAAUUGACAAAAUCUGGGUUUAUGGGACCAUCAAUUGAUGUUGCUGGGCCUGAUAUUGGAACUGAUACCACCACAAUGGCAUGGGUCAUGGACGAAUAUUCAAAACUAGCUCCAAAUGAUACUGAAGGGCUUGCAGUUGUCACUGGAAAGCCAGAAGCAUCAGGUGGGAUUGCUGGCAGAGUUGAAGCGACUGGUUUAGGAUUCUAUUAUGCUCUCCAACAAUUUUUAUCUGAUUUAGAACUUACUGAAACUUUAGGCCUUACCAACAAUUUAGAUAACAAAUCAUAUAUCAUUCAAGGCUUUGGAAAUGUAGGAUAUUAUAUUUCAAAAUUUGUCACUGAAAACGCAAAAGGAAAAGUAGUCGGGAUUUUAGAAAAAGACGGCGGCACAUACAACCCAGAUGGACUGGACAUUAAAGCUUUAAAAAAACACUUUGAUAGACAUCACACCCUCAAAGGUUUUGACGGCGGAGACACCUACUCCUACGCAGAAGAAAUCUUAUCAAAAGAGUGCGACAUUUUAGUCCCAGCAGCCUUAGAAAGGACUAUUAACUCUGAAAACAUGCACCUCCUCAAAUGCAAAAUUGUUGCAGAAGCUGCCAAUAUGCCAGUCACUCUUAAAGCUGAAGAAUUCUUGAACAACCGCGGAGUGGCUAUUUUACCAGAUAUUCUAAUGAACUCUGGAGGAGUCAUCACUUCAUACUUUGAAUAUGUGAAGAAUAUUGGCCACAUUAGCCCAGGUAAAUUAACAAAGAGAUGGGAAAUGAGGUCAAAUGAAGCCAUAUUAAAAUUCAUUGCAGGACUGCUCGACGUAGAACUCACACAUGGGGAACUUCAUGUUGCGUCUGAUUUGGAUAUCGUUAAUAAUGCUUUAGAAGACCUUAUGACAACUUCUGUCAAAUUAACGCAGAAAACUGCAAACAGAUUUGCUAUCAAUUAUAGAGAUGCAGCUUAUUUGAAUGCAAUAAACAGAAUAUAUGAAAACCUUAGAUAUAGCAGCUACUAUGCAGCAUAA